AUGGCCACCGAGCUUACCGUCCAGUCGGAGCGUGCUUUCCAGAAGCAGCCUCACAUUUUCCUGAACUCCAAGACCAAGGUCAAGACUGCCCGCCCGGGCAAGAACGGCCGGAGAUGGUACAAGAACGUUGGUCUGGGUUUCCGGACGCCCAAGACUGCCAUUGAGGGCAGCUACAUCGACAAGAAGUGCCCCUUCACCGGCCUCGUCUCGAUCCGCGGCCGCAUUCUGACCGGCACCGUCGUCUCCACCAAGAUGCACCGCACCAUCAUCAUCCGGAGAGAGUACCUGCACUACAUCCCCAAGUACGCCCGUUACGAGAAGCGCCACACGAACCUCGCUGCCCACUGCUCCCCGGCUUUCCGUGUUGAGGAGGGUGACCAGGUCACCGUUGGCCAGUGCCGUCCCCUGUCCAAGACUGUCCGCUUCAACGUCCUGCGCGUCCUGCCCCGGACGAGCAAGACCGCCAAGUCGUUCAGCAAGUUCUAA